AUGCAAGAGACUCCUAAAAUGACAAAGAAUGACUUUGAACUGUUGAAAACAAUUGGAAAGGGAUCAUUUGGAAAGGUUUUUGAGGUACGAUAUAAAGGCGACGGCAAAAUCUAUGCCAUGAAGAUCCUGGAUAAACAAGUAGUCAUGGACCGAAACCAGUACGAACACACUCUCGCCGAACGACGCAUCAUGGGAGAGUGUGAACAUCCAUUCUUGGUCUGCUUGCGCUUCGCGUUUCAGUCCCAGACCAAGCUCUACCUCAUUUCGGACUUCUUCAACGGCGGCGAGCUCUUCUUCUACCUCAGCAACGGCCGCUUCUCCGAAAACCGCGCUCGUUUCUACGCUGCCGAAAUCGCGAUGGGCCUCCACUAUCUGCACAGCAAAGGCAUCGUCUACCGCGACCUCAAGCCCGAAAACCUCCUCCUCGACUCCGAUGGGCACAUCAAGAUCACCGACUUCGGGCUCUCGAAGCAGAACGUCGAAGGCGACGAACUGCACAGUCUCUGCGGCACGCCCGAAUACCUGGCUCCUGAAAUCAUCCAAAAGAAGCCGUACGGCAAAGCCGUCGAUUGGUGGUCGCUCGGCACGCUCAUCUACGAGAUGAUCGCGGGACUGCCGCCGUUCUACGACAAAAACCGACGCAUCAUGUAUAACAAGAUCUUAACAGCACCGCUCAGCAAGUGUUCCUACAUGUCGGCAGAGAUAUCCUUUGCUUUGAAAAGGGGGGCUUGACUGAACGCAUUCGAUCUGUGCAGCCGGUUGCUCGAUCGGAAGCCGGAGACGCGGCUGGGGAACAACAUCGAGGACAUCAUGAAUCAUCCCUGGUUUGCGGAUAUCGACUGGGAGAAGCUGGUGAGGAAGGAGGUCGUACCGCCGUUCAAACCGACGGUGCACGGAGCUGACGAUGUCCGGAAUGUGGAUCGCGAGUUUUUGGCGGAGGUUCCUGCGGUAACGCCGACGAUGGAGGGGAAGAUUCUCACGGAUCAAUCAGCUUUUACCGGAUUCUCUUAUAAUCCGUCGAAUAUGAAGUAAUGU